AUGGACGAUUUCGGCGCCUCCGCCACCAACGAGUUCGACGCAGCCCUCUCGUACCGAGACGGUCUGGCCGGGGCCUCUCCCUCACCCGACGGUGCUCCCUCGCCCGCGUCAUCUUGCGUCGCGCAUCUGAUCCCAGGCACGGAGGCGCACAACCUGUUCCCCAUCGACGGCACACCGAGUUACUUCCUCGGAGAUGGUGGCUCUCCGUCGGCCGUCCCGUCUCCUCCGCCCGGAGCAUUUCGCGGCCCGAUGCGACCCGGCUCGGCGGCGACCUUGUUUGGAGGAGAUAGCGUGGCGGCCUACUUCUCCAGCAUCGGCGCGGCGGCCCGGCCCGGCGCGGCCGCAUACAGGGCACCUCGGCCCUCCCGCGCGGCCGGCGCUGCUCCCCUCCCGGGCUUGGCGGCCGGCGCUGCUCCCCUCCACGGCUUGGCGGCCGGCGCUGCUGCCCUCCCCGGCUUGGCGGCCGGCGCUGCUCCCCUCCCCGGCUUGGCGGUCGGCGCUGCUCCCCUCCACGGCUUGGCGGCCGGCGCUGCUUCCCUCCACGGCUUGGCGACCAACGCUGCUCCCCUCCACGGCUUGGCGGCCGACGCUGCUGGCCUCCCUGGCUUGGCGGCCACCGCUGCUCCCAUCCCCAGCUUGGCGGCCAGUGCUGCUUCCCUCCCUGGCUUGGCGGCCAGUGCUGCUUCCCUCCCAAGCUCGGCCGGUGCUGCUCCCCUCUCAGGAGCUGGCGGCGCAGCUCCCCUCCCAGGCGCGAUCGAUGAGUUUGACAAAGCCGAUUGGAAUACCAUCAACAAUAGAGCAUUUUGUGAAAUAUGUGUUGAGGAGAUAAGAGCUGGGAAUAGACCUAUUGGAGUUAUGACUACUAGAGGGUAUAAGAACAUAGCUGAGAAGUUUUUGGUAACGACUGGCUUGCGUCACUCUAGAACGCAAUUAAAAAACAAAUGGGACUCACUUAAGGGUUUGUAUAGCUUCUGGCUAAGGCUUAACAAAGACACUGGCCUUGGAUGGGACAGUGCUAAAGGAACGGUGAUGGCUAGUGACAGUUACUGGAAAGUGAACACGAAGAAUCAUGCAGAAUGGAGGAAGCUUAAGAAUGGUCCACCUGAGUGUCUGGAUGAGCUUCAGAUCAUGUUUGAUCUUACAGCAGUGGAUGGCUCUUCUUCUUGUGUUCCCGGAGAAGGAAUAGGAGAAGGAAUUGGAGAAGGAGGUGGUGAAGAAAAUGGCAGAGAUGAGAGCAACUCAAAGGGCAGUAAUCCACUAAAGCGAUGUAGUAGCAGUAACAAUGCAACUAGCCCAAAGAAGAAAGUGAAGAAUCCCAUGGUUAAGAUAAUGAAGGGCAUUUGGGAUACUAUGCAGGCUAAUAGUGAUGUUGCCAAUAAGGUGAUGCAGGGUGAAAUGAGGUUUGAGUCCAUUAAGGAAGUGAUGAGCUUGACGGUAGAGUGCGGAGCAACCGAAGGAAGUGUAGAGCAUUUCAUGGCUAGCCAACUCUUUGUAAAGGCUGAAAAUCGUGAUGUAUUCCGCACCAUAACCACAAAGGAAGGGAGGCUCAGUUGGUUGAAAAUGUGGUGCAAGAAGGAAGGCUAUUAGUAGUUAUCUAAUAUUAGCUUAUUCAUGUAAU